CGAUCAGUGACGAUGUUGAUGAUUCAUGAUAUCUGUCCUUCUUUUCAGGCUACUGUGCCAUUGUUGCGAUCCCUGAGCUGCUCGGUACUUCCGCAUCGCUGAUUCCAGUCCAGCCUUUCUGUCAUGCCCGGUUUACCACCUCUUGCGCCGGUUCCACCUCCGGAGGUGCAGAGCAACAUCCCCGCGGCGGAAUGGGAGCUCUAUAUGGAUGCAUGGGUCAUGCUAUUGAAAUUGCGCGUCGAACUGCCAGAGUCACAAUUCAAGGAACAUGCGCUCAAUGACGCGUCUACGAUUACAUUCUUGACCUCUUUCUUCUACCAGUCGACCUACCCCGGCUUACUUCGGUCUCACACAGCGCCGCACGCACGCUCAUUACGGAAACUGUGCUUUCUAUUGACGCGAAGGCUGCUCCUCGAUGCCUCUACAACCCCGCCAGAGCUACUGGACUGGAGAGUACUUGCUGGCAUGUGUUGCUGUUACCCCUCCAGCUCCGCUUUGAAGAGGUUACUGGCUGAUGCUUGGGACCAGCAUGAGGAUGCGAUCACUUCCAGUCUGGAGAAGGCCAAGGUCCAAGCAAUCAGGGAACUGUCAUCUUUGAACGUCGGCAAGCCCCCUGCGAUUCUCAUGGACCUCAGACUUUUGACGGUCCUGGCCUCAGCGCUGCCCGGCUGCGGCCAUGUGCUCAUGGCCGGCUCUGACUUUCUCGAUACUGUAUUCGACGCAUAUCAAACACAUCCACGGGAGGACGUGCGGAAAGUACUCGUGGCGAAUGUCUAUGUCGGGCUGUGCUCAUUUAUCAAGGGCCCCAAGCCCAAUCUAUCGUCUCUCCUAGACCAGCUGUACGGCAUGAAAGCCAGCGCGGCGGUUGGCGCUAGCACGAAGAAGGAGCCUACUCUACUGUCCGACGUCAUCUGCAGCACCGACUUCUUAGCCCGCCUAGACCGUCACCUCAAUGCAGACGUCAAUCCUCAAAAGCGCGGACAAGACCUCCUGGCCAGCCUGCGCGCAUAUCAAGCAGGAACCCAACCGCUCCACCGCCGCUACCAGAAGAAACCACGCAAGCGGGCGAUCAACAAAGGCAAAGACCGAGCCACUGACGAGGACGAAGGUCUCCUCCCCAAGGCGGCCGAGGACCUCCACAUCCACAAGAUGUCGCUCAUCACGCAAGUUCAGGACCUCUUCCCCGACCUCGGCACGGGCUACAUCGCACGUCUCCUCGACCACUACCACGACGACCCCGAAACCAUCGUUGCGCACCUCCUCGACGACUCCAUCGCCCCGGAGUUACAAUCCCUCGAUAGAUCCGAACCCCUCCCUACUCCGACAACAACCCACCACCACCACGACCCCUUCCCCCCACACUCCCCGACCCUCACAACCCCUCCACCAGUCCAGAGAAAGAACAUUUUCGACACAGAAGUCGAUCUUGCCGAACUUGCCCGCUCAGACGACAAGACCCUCCGCUUCGGCCGUGCCAACCCCACCCUCACCGCCGACGCGCUGCUCUCCGACCGCUCCAACCACGCCGCCCAGAAGGCGGCCAUCAUGUCCGCCCUCGCCACGUUCGACUCCGACGACGACGAACGCGACGAUACCUACGAUGUGACCGACGUCGGCGGCACAGUGGACACGACCGUCGCCGCAGAAGACGAAACCACCACCAGCACCACCACGACCUCGCGUGGUGGCGCUGGCGCAGCCCCCGAGGACAACGAACUCGCCAUCUACCGCGCCUAUAAAUCCAACCCCGCGUUAUUCGGCCGGGAUUCUGCGACGAGACGCGCGCAGCCCCGCGCCGCCCUGAAGCGCGAGACCGGGCUGACAGACGAGGCGAUCGAGGGGUGGGCCGUGAUGCUGGCGCGGGAUCCGAAGCGCAUGAAGCAGCUAGAAGAUCUGGCGCUUGGGUUUGCGCCGGGGCAGGGUGGGGCAGGGGGCCUGAAUCAGCCGGUGCUGGCCUCCACGGCGUAUCGGAAGGGUGCUGCGGCGGAGGAUGGGGACGGGGAUGGAGAGAGAAGGGGCGGUGGUGGUGGGAGAGGGAGAGGCCGAGGUGGCAGAGGACGAGGGGGUGGUGGACGUGGCGGCGGUGCUGGAGACAGUGCCAGUGCAGGCCAGGGACAGAACCCGGCUGCUGCCAGGCAAAGGAAAGAGGAGAAUAAGGCUAGUCGUGCGAAUCAUAAUCGACGGCAGCAGAGAGCGAAGAAGGUGGCCAGAGCCGGGGGAAUGGUUGGUUGAUCCAGGGAGGGAAUAGAUUCUAUGAGCUAGACACCACACAUAGAGUAUCUAGAUUUGUAGGCUGGGAAGGAAGCCUCCGCGAUCUGGGGCCUAACAUCCAACGCGCAGGGGACGGCCAUCAAUCCAGUGACCAGAACAUGACUGCAAUCAAAAC